GUACACUUAGGUAAAUCUUUCUUUAAGAUACAAUUGCCAACUAGAAAUUUGGAAACCAAGAAGCAAAGCUACUUAUAGUGGGAAAAAUGUCACCUUACUGGAGUCAUGUUGGGCAUCCUAAGUGAACUCUGAUGUUACAAAACCAAGGUCCGUAUUAGCAAAACUGAAUUGAACCAUCUUAUUUUGGCAGCUAAAGAAAUGACUCAAAAUGGAGCCUUUGAACUCCACCUUGGGAAGUGCCUUCAUAUUGGUGGGGAUUCUAGAUGACAGUGGCUCUCCUGAAUUGCUCUGUGCCAUGAUCACAGUCCUGUACACAUUGGCUCUGACUAGCAAUGGACUGCUGCUCCUGGUCAUCACUGUGGAUGGACAACUCCAUGUGCCCAUGUACUUUUUGCUUGGGCAGCUCUCUCUCAUAGACUUCUUUCUCACAUCAAUUAUCAUUCCCAAGGCUGUCAUGGAUUUUCUGCUCAAAGACAACACUAUCUCUUUAGGGGGUUGUGCCCUUCAGAUGUUCCUGGCAUUGACACUGGGUGGUGCAGAGGACCUCCUUCUGGCCUUCAUGGCCUAUGACAGGUAUAUUGCCAUUUGUCAUCCUCUGAACUAUAUGAUCUUCAUGAGGCCAAGCAUCUGCUGGCUUGGAGUAGCUACAUCAUGGAUCCUAGGAUUCCUGAGUGCUCUAGGAUAUACCAUCCACACCAUGCAGUAUCCCUUUUGCAAAUCCCGGAAGAUCAGACACCUAUUUUGUGAGAUCCCUCCAUUGCUGAAGCUGGCCUGUGCAGACACAUCCACAUAUGAGCUCAUGGUUUAUGUGAUGGGUGUGGCAUUCCUAAUUCCACCUCUUGCUCUCAUCCUGACUUCCUACACAUUAAUUCUUUUCACAGUGCUCAACAAGCCCUCAAAUGAAGGAAGGAAGAAAGCCCUUAUCACCUGUUCUUCUCAUUUAACUGUGGUUGGGCUGUACUAUGGGGCUCUCACGGUCAUGUAUGUCCUACCCAGUUCCUACCUUAGUCCUGAACAAGAAAACAUCCUCUCUGUUUUCUACAGUGUUGUCACCCCAGCUUUGAACCCCCUAAUCUACAGCCUGAGGAAUAAAGAGGUCAUUGGGGCCUUGAGGAGAGUCCUGGGAAAGUGGUUGCUGCCCACACAGUCUACUUUUUAGGAGCUUCUCAUAGAUAUCUUCUAGACUUAUUUCUUCCUCAGCAUCAGCAGACUCCUGCUAUAUAUGAAAUUCUUCCAGUGAAACCAAGGCAGUAAAAAAUAUUUCUUUUGCUAGAGAAGCAGGGACUAUAAAUGUCCUUGGUAAAAGUUCUUUGAGUCUUCAUGUGGCUUUUUACAAGAAGAGGUUCACACUGUUGAAAAUUAUGCUUUAUCUUUAAAAGUUAGGCCAGGACCCUUUGUGGCAGCGGCAGCCGCUCCGUCAUUGUCGGGUUGAGCACCAACUACGGGAAGCUCCGGGGUGCAUGUGGCACUGCCCAGUGAACUGGGCACCGUGGAGCGGUUCCUGGGCGUGCCCUACGAGGCCCCGUCCACUGGGGGACCUGCAGUUCCAGCCGCCGGAGCUGCCCUCAUCCUGGCCCAGCUUGUGCAAAGCAGCCUCGGGGUUCACGCCUGUGUGCACGCAGCAACUGGAAGAGCACGCGCGCUG